AUGGCUAACUGUAAAGCCAUGUCGAUGCCCGUCAACACCAAGCCUAAGGUCUCCUCCGAGCACGGCACCAAGCUUCCCGACGCCACCAGCUACAGUAGCCUUGCUGGCGCGUUCCAAUAUCUCACCAUGACAAGACGUGACAUCUCCUACGCCGUGCAACAAGUAUGUUUGCAUAUGCACGAUCCAAGAGAUUGUCAUAUGGCAAUGGUAAAGCACAUCCUCCGCUACAUUCGCGACACAACGCAUUUGGGACUUUAUCUUCGAGCUUUGCUGACGACAACAAUCACGAUGUACUCCGACGUGGACUGGGCAGGGUGCUUGGACAUGCACCGGUCCUCAUCGGGCUACUGCAUCUUUCUAGGUGACUCACUGGUGUCCUGGUCCUCAAAGCAGCAGCCUAUGGUGUCAUGA